UUUAUGUUGCCAUUUCGGAUUAUUAAUGGUCUUACAAUUCUGCUAAUGAGUAAUGAGAUCCAGUCGUACAUCUCAAGUUCCAGUGGAGGUAAGAACAGACUGCCAGUGCCAAAAAAAUCCUUCAGGAGUCUGUACAAUCAGGAUAGAACUGCACUGAGUCCCACUCCGAGCAACACAUCAGUGCAUGCCAACAGCGAGUUGUCCGAUCACAGAUCCGACAGUUCCUCAUCCCUGACCACUGACAGUGCCCCCAUCGACUCAAGGAAAGAAGCGAGAGAAGCGUUUUUGAAGUCGGAGCCCCUGGGACUCACAAAGAAGUAUGAAGGUCUCUCUGUGAGAGAUUCAGACCUGCCACCCCCAACAGCAACAAAUCAUCAUGAUCUGCCGAACGGUGCCCAAAAAACAACAGCAAGCUCCUCGAUCACAAGCAAUGGCACAGCACCGAGCACAACAUCAUUCAUCCCUCCGUCUGCCAAUCAAAUUUCGUCAUCGAGCAAACUUCGAUUGCAGAAGGAGCCGGAUACGUACGUGGGGUUUGCCAACCUACCAAACCAAGUCUACAGGAAGUCUGUGAAGAAGGGCUUCGAAUUCACACUCAUGCUUGUCGGUGAAUCGGGCCUGGGCAAGUCUACCCUGAUCAACUCCAUGUUCCUGACAGACAUUUACAACAACGAACAUCCAGGACCAUCCAAACGACCCAACAAAACUCUCAAGGUUGAGAAGAUGAAUGUGUUGUUGAAGGAGGGUGGUGUGCAGUUGAAGCUGACCAUCGUGGACACACCUGGUUUCGGAGAUGCCGUCAACAAUUCUAACUGUUGGCAGCCGGUGGUAGAGUACAUAGACAGCCAGUACAAUGCCUUCCUGAACGCUGAGUCGAGAGUUAUAAGGCAGGUAUCCGAAGAUACAAGAGUGCACUGCUGCCUCUACUUCAUAUCUCCCAACGGACAUGGCUUGAGGCAGUUGGACAUCGAGUUCAUGAAGCAACUGCACGAGAAGGUGAACAUCAUCCCCCUGAUUGCAAAGGCCGACUCCAUGACUGCCGAGGAGUGCAAGACUUUCAAGAAGACUAUUAUGAACGAAAUUAUGCAAAACAAAAUCAAAAUCUACGAAUUUCCUGAUUGUGAUGAUGAAGAGGAGAGGAGGAUAAUGAAGAAGAUGAAGGAAAGAAUCCCAUUCGCCGUGGUGGGGAGCAACAUGGUGGUCGAGUGUAAUGGCAGGAAGAUUAGGGCCAGGACGUAUCCCUGGGGGGUCGUUGAAGUUGAGAAUCUUGAACACAAUGACUUCACUGCGUUGAGGAACAUGCUUAUUAGAACUCACUUGCAUGAUUUGAAGGACGUCACCAACAAUGUACACUACGAGAACUUCAGGUAUGAACAUCUUCUUGCUUCCGUUUCUUCAGACGGCAAAAGUAAACCGAUGCUCAACAAGAGUCCGAUGCUUCAGAUUGAAGAGGAAAAGAUGGAACAUGCUGAGAAGUUGAAGAAGAUGGAGAUGGAAAUGGAGAUGGUGUUUGAGGCAAAAGUUAAAGAGAAGCAAAACAAAAUUAAAGAAUCCGACGCUGAUGUGGGCAAGCGUCGAGAUCAGAUGUUGAAGAGUUUGAAGCAGGAAGAGAUGGAACUGGAGGAGAUGAGGGAGGCUUUCGUGAGGGAGAGAGAUGCUUGGGAGGAACAAUACAGGCAGAUGAUGAUGGAAGCUGAAGCAACCGGAACUUUGAAGAAAAAGAAAAUAUUCAACUGACAGUGAAACUGACAUUUUAUCUCAAGCGAUAACAAUCAGUUUUUCAUUUAAUAUAUUUUUUUAGUUUUUAUACUUCAGAAUGCAAUUAAACGUUUUAAAUUUCUUAUAACACCGUCGCCUCCACGUCAAUAUCUAUGGAAUGGAACAACGUGAACGCGAUCCAACCAGGACCAACGUGCCUACAUCAUCUUUCGUUCAUUUAAUUUCUCAUGGUUAAUGUUAAAGGCUAUAUACUGAUUGAUCGAAUUAUUCCUUAUUAUACAACUGUUCAACUGGUCAUUCGUUAUAUUUAACAUUUAAAUAUCAAAAUAUUUUUGACCAAUUUAUUGAAUGUUGUCCAGAUAAGUUGUCUUAUUUAUCUGCUCUAAUGUGCUUCAACAUAUUUCACUUACGAUUCCAUUGAAAUACAUAGAUGGUAGCCAUUCAGCCAGCGUUCAUACGUGCCUGUCUGCAUUCAUCUACUUAUCAUCCAGUUUAGUCGUAUAUUACUCAUUCACAAUAGCCUUCCACAUGUUACUCAGUGUAAUUUGGUUCGUCCGUUUAAUUCUGACCGAUCAAUGUAUUUAUUUUUAAAUUAUUUAAUGAUCAAUAUAAUGAACUUGUUACCAUAUUAAAUUGUACCUUUCUAUAAAUCCUUAGUGCAUAUGUAUCUUUUAUGUACGUGUUUUUUAAGUUUUUUUUCAUUGCAUGUGUGUCAGUGUGUGUGCAACACUAAACCGCUUUAAGACUGAAUUACUAACACCACCAGAUACGCUGUAUGUGUGUGCCCGCCUGUCCAGAUUAAAUACAUUAUAUUACAUGCAUCGUGUUUUAUGUUUAACUAUAGUUUCGAAAUCCAUGUUUGAAAACAUUACGAUUAUGUAUUGGAAAAUGUUUAACAUUUCUAAAUUUGUAUGUAAACUUCAAACGGUUUUAACGUUGAAUUUUAAUUGAUUUGUUGUUUGCUGUCUCAUUGUGAAUUAUGUUUGCUAUCAUUUUCGUUAGUGAAAACUUUGUGGAUGCUUCGAGCUUGUUAUGUUUUAAAAUGACAAAUUUUAUUUUUUUAAUCUUACCGUUUACUACGUUUCAUUUAUAUUCGUUCAUUGAUGUGUAAACUGUAACGGACUAAAUAAUCACAUUCGUUUAUGUUCUGUU